UGUCGUUUGUAUACACAAAAAAAAAAAAGGAAAAAGGAAAAACUAAAACUAGCUAAACAGCAAAAAAAGGAAAACAAUUGAACGCGAGCGAGCAAUGCACAACAAUAUAUGGAACUCCUCCCAAAUGGCGGGCAAUGGUGGCGCGCUCAAGGCGCUGACCAAGAAUCUAGCGAAUCAGCUGAACUUCAAUCGCGCCGAGAUGAAGCGCGUGGUGGCGCGUGUGAUAUCGGAGCGGCAUGGCGAAGGCGAAGUGGGCGACUACAAUGGACAUAUGUUCUAUGUGAAGCCAGAGCGUGUGGAUAUGACCAAGCAGAUAACACAGUCCAAGGAAGCGUUCGAUGAGCUAAUGCAUCAGAAGCAGCAGCGACUGCUGGGCGCACCGAACAGCAAAGCGAGCGGCGGCGGCGGCGGCGGCGUCGAUAAAAAACAAGCAGCGGGUAUACGCGCAUUUACCUACAAUUUGUCAACGCAGAAGAAUGCGCGCAAGAGUUUGAAUGGCGUUAUCAUUGAUCAGCAGCAGCUGGAAAUGCGCGCCAAUCCGCAUGAGAUACUAGUGCAAAUUUCAAAUCCCAAACUAGCGCGUCCGAAGCUGCGCAAGCCCAAGCCGCUGCCAGAGCUGCAGAUUAAGCUGCCGCUAAAGCCACAGAAAGCAACAAAGCAGGCCAAGUCGAAUGUUAAGCUGCAGCAGGCGGCAAGCAGCAAGCCGAGCAAGCUGCUCUGCCAGAAGAAGUCUCGAGUGAAGCAGCAUGCAGCGCCUGCUGCUAAGCCAAAGCAAAAGCGCGCGCGCGUGCAGCUGCCUGCGAAGUCAAGCUACAAGCGCCUGCCUGCGGGUCAGUCCAAGCUGCCGGCAAAGCGUCAGCCCAACAAGUUGCAGCUCAAGCCGCAGCAAAAGCAAAAGCAAAAGCACAAGCGUCAGUUUAAGCUGCAGAGCAGCAAACUGCGCGCUGCUAAAAAGCCCAGCGCGCUGUUGAAGAAGCGCAGCUCCAAGCAACUGCAGCAGCCCAUGCCCACGCCCACGCCCAUGCUGACGCCUGUGCUGGCCGCUGUUAGCUCCGUUACGAGCCGCAACUACGACAAGCCCUGGCUGGUCAAGCCGCGCCGCAAGCGUCAGCGCGCUGGCGGCUUAAACACGCCCAAGCGUCUGCGCGCGGGCGGCUUAAGCACGCCCAAGCUCUGGCGCAAUCCAUAUCAAUUUCCAGGCGGUGCAGGCGCUACGCAGCCGCGUCACAACAAGCAGCAGCAGCAGCAGCUGCAGCCCAAGCGCAAGAAGAGCCUGCGCCGCUUGUUGAACAAACGCUCGCAGGCGCGUUUCGUGCGCGACUUGAAGCGCGAUGAGGCCAUCGAUGAUCCGGAGCGCUUGGAGGCUGGACGCCAGCGCAAGCUCAGCAAGCCCAGCAAGCGUCUCAUUUCUGCCAAGCUGAGUCCACGCAUGGAGCAGCUUGCUCGUCCCGUGCGCCAUCGCAGCGUCAGUCCAUCGCGCCAUAGUCUGCGCGCCGGCGGCGGCGGCGGCAAGCAAAAGCUGCGACGCAGUCGUCGCCCCGUCGUUGUCGUCGGCAGCAGUUUGGGCAGCAUUGCGCCAGUCGCGCGCACCAGUUCGCAGUCGGCGCUAACGCCGGCCAAACGCAAUUUGGCUUUGGCCUUUCUCAACAAGGACACGGCUCGCCAUGGCGUGCGCAAUCGACGCAGCAGUCCUGUCAUGUGGCGUUAGCAAUCCCACUCCCACUCAAUUUACCAGCAACAGCAGCAAGCGGCGCCAGCAGUAGCAGCAGCAGCAGCAGCAUCAGCAAAUUGUUUGUUAAUAUGU